AUGCAUUUUCUCAUGAAGUUUCGUCCAGAGUAUGAGGGUAUUCGUGCUUCUCUUCUUCAUCGCAAUGUUACUAAGGUGGAGGAUGUCCUGGGUGAACUUGUUCGUGAAGAAUCUCGGUUGCGUAGUCAGGCUAAGAUAGAUUUCCAGGCAGCGGAUUCCUCUCCUGCUGCGUUUGUGGCUGGUCCGACUACGGGUCCGGUCUAUGCGGCUGCUCCUGUUCAGUCGAAUGCGCUCCCUCUUACUCAGGAUGCUAUUCGCCAGAUGCUUCAAGAGGUUGUUCGGGAUGCUCUCCCCUCGGCAUUAGGAUCUGUUUUUACUGUGGGACAGGAGAACGGGGAAGGAGAUAGGCCAAGGGACUAG